GCGUCUCGAACCGUGUCUGGGGCGCCAUGCUCUCGGUGGGAGUGCUUCUGCUCGGCACCACGUCGUACCUGGGCGCGACGGGAGCUGCCGCGUCGUCCGCCUCGCCCGCCGACCUCGCCGACCUCAAGAUCGAUGUCACGCACAAGCCCACGCCCUGCAUCUUCAAGUCUCGCAACGGCGACAAGCUCUCGAUGCACUACGAUGGUCGCCUCGCCGCCGACGGCAAGGAGUUCGACUCGUCCCGCAAGCGUGGCCAGCCCUUCGACUUCGUCAUCGGGAAAGGUCACGUCGUGUCUGGCUGGGAGCACGGCUUGCUCGACAUGUGCCCGGGCGAGAAGCGCACCCUCACGAUCCCGCCCGCCCUCGGCUACGGCUCGCGCGGCGCUGGCGGCGUCAUUCCCGGCGGUGCUACCCUCAUUUUCGACGUCGAGCUCCUCGACAUCAAGAACCGCAAGCCGACCAAGGACGAGCUCUGAACAGUCCUCUCUCUAUCUGCCUGAACUUGCAA